AUGGCUGAAUUUGUGAAUUUAGGAGCACAUUGUGAGCUGGAACAAUGUAAAAAGCUAGACUAUACACCUUUUACUUGUUUCAAAUGUAAAGGUAUAUUUUGGUAAGCUUAACAUCAGUUUCUCAUGGUUCUUUUUUUAGUACGACACACAGAUUGAAUCAUGGAUGUGCGGUAGAUUCAGAUCAAGUGCUGGAAGUGGCGAAGAACGCCAAUGGAGAGUUUUUGAAAUUUAUUUGUUCAAAGAGCGGAUGUGUAAGAUCAGAAUUGUCCAAAAUCGAAUGUUCUCAAUGUGAAAAACAGUUCUGCAUGGAGUAAGUGAUUUGAAUUUUCUUUGUUUUGGUUUUUAGACGAGUUUUUGUGAUGUUUACGGGUUGAGAACUUUUUUAUCGACAUCAAGCUUGCUUUAGAUGGAGUUAAUGUUCGUUUUAUUAGCUUUGAAUGGUUUUUUUUAUAAAAUUGUUGUUGUAGACAUCGUCAAUGCGAAGACCAUGACUGUGUGCCAGUUUUAGAAGCUCAGCAGAAUCAGAAAAGUCGAAUUAGAGUUGAAACUAGCUCAGACAUUGUUAUCAAAGCUCCAAAGAACGUAAGACAAUAUAAUUCAGAAAAAAACUUUAUUAAAUCUAUUUUAAUGAUUUUUUUAAAUGUAAAAGGUUAAAUUUAACCUAAAGUGUUAAUUUUUUACAUUCCAAGCUUAAAUAUUUUAGUACACAAACCCAGAACAACAAAAAAGAGCAGACAAGAUAGCAAUAAUGAGGUUGAAAGCCCAGUCCAAAUCAGAUGUAGCUUCAUUGUUUGUGUUUGCUAAUUACAAAAAAGAUCGGUUUCCAGUAAUGUUGCCUAAAAAUUGGACUGUGAAUAGGUGUAGAAGUGUGUUUGUGGGGAAAAUGAAGGACAAAUCGGUUCAAUCUGGCAAGUUGAAGGUAUACACAGCUAACGAAUCAGAUGAUUUGAAGGAAAUUCAGCUUGAUCUUACUGUUGAAAAGGCUUUUAAGGACUUGGAAGAUGUAUAUCUUUUGGAUUGA